GAUGGAGACGUCGAGCAUAAGCACGAAUACAAGGAGCUGCAUGACCAGUAUCUCAAGCUGUUCGAGGAGGAGUUAUCGGAGUUUGUGGAAUCCGAAGGGGCAACGAUUGAGGAUUUUUUCAAGGAAUGCAGGGAGAUUCGUGACGGCCAAUUUACGGCGCUCUUCGAGGAACACACUUACGCGUGGUUCGUCGACCACUUGCUGGCAUGCAUGGACUACAAGCAUUUCUACGGGCUCAUGGUCAACGAGGCCCGCCGUCUCCACCACCGCAAGUAAGGCGGACAUUCAGACUGGCGGUAGGAAGUAAAGAAAGCACACAGCAAAAAAUAAUUCAAGAAUGAGGAAUGUAGCCAAGUAUCCAGAGCACAAUAUGAACGAAGUGAAAAAUGC